UUGGCGGCUAGUCAGAUGACGAAUUGACGAGUCGUUUUUUGGAAUACUUAUAAAUAUUAAGCGACAUUAUAUAACGAGAUGCAUAAUCUGUUUGCCACUGGACAAGGACAACAGGUUUGAUGUCGACGUUCCUUUUAUUGUUUUAGAAUCGUGAAAAACAAGGUCAUUUCGGUAUGGAAAUCGCGGUUGGGUAUGCGCUCCGAAAACUUUUGGUUUACUUAUCAGCUGUGGCCAUAAUUUGCCAUGCGAUCGUGAUGAUGUCCCUGCUUAAACUCAUUUCCAUCAUAUCUCCGGUACUGGCGAAAACAAUCAUUUUAAAACUCGGGGAGAUGUUUACGAUGACACAAAAUCCCAAAUUCAAAUACGAAGACUGGGGUCCGUCUUUCUUUUCUCCGGUGUUCGUCAAAACUGUGAUCUCCGUGAACUGGUGCUCGCUUGGCCUGGAGGCGUUUGAAGGGUACACGGCUCCAGAUACGCCUGUUUAUACAAUGGAUGGACAGAAAACGAGUAUUCACCGUUUUCUUAAAGAGAACCGUCCACUGGUUCUGAGUUUUGGAAGCUGCACAUGACCCCCAUUUCUCUACAAACUUGAUGAGUUCAAACGACUUGUCAAGGAUUUCAGAGACGUGGCAGAUUUCCUUGUUGUUUACAUCGCAGAGGCUCAUGCAACCGAUGAUUGGGCUUUUGCAAACAACGUUGACAUCAGUGUGCAUAAGAACAUGGAGGAGAGACUGGCUGCAGCCCGGGUCCUAGUCAAAGAAGACCCACUUUGCCCUGUUGUAGUGGACGAAAUUAGCAAUAUCACCGCCAGCAAGUACGGGGCUCUUCCUGAGCGACUGUAUGUCCUUCAGAAUGGAAAAGUUAUCCAUCAGGGUGGCAUGGGACCCUUGGGGUACAGGCCUGAAGAAGUCCGCAAAGUCUUGGAGAAAAUGAAAUAAGAGAGGCAUAAAGGGAAAAUUUGAGGGGUGGGGGUCAAUGGUCUAAUGGACAUCAAAUGUUUUGUUGAAAACGGCAUAGAAAAUUAACAGAAAUGUGUGAAACCAAGAUGAAUGCAAGAUUUUAUUCGUAAAGUAGGACAAUUUAGUACUUCUGUUUGAAAUUAGAUUUAUUAUACACUGAAAAAAAUAAAUUGUAGAAUUUACUUAAAAAAAAAAAAAACAUGCAAAUUGUUACGAGGAUUUUAUUAAGUAAAAUUUGCUGUUAUAAUUCAAGUACAACUUACUAACCAGAAUAAAGUAAAUUCUACUUAUUAAAUACAUUUUGUUUUUGUUAAAAUAUCAAGUAAAUGUUACUUAAAGUAAACAAAACAAAAAUUAUGCUGAACAAAAACAUGUCUAACUCAAACUUCACGGAUCACUUACUUUCAUAUUGAAAUAUACUAUUUUUAUACAACAUAGAUGGUCAAGUGAGAAGAGACUGGUGGUCUCUGUACUGGCAUUAGCACUGUUACUGCUCAAUAAGUGAAAUAACACACUUCUAUACUAUCGUGCCUCCCUUAGCCUAGGCACAAGCACCGCUCUUCUGAACAACGGUAACAACCUUAAAAAAUACCCAAAUUUAAAAAUAAUACUAAAACUCUCGUAAAUCUCAAUGAUAAAUCAACAAAAAACACAACCAAGUCUUUCUUUUUACUGAAAAACACUUAAAAUGACAGUUAAUCUGGAAAAUUGAUCUCCUAAUGCAGUCAGAUGCAAAGCAUGCAGGGAACUACUGAUCAACUGCCAAGGUAGUUAUAUCUACAAAAAUUAUUUAUGUAAUCAACACAAAAUAAAUAAGUAAACUUAAUUUGACCAAUUUAAAUGGGUUUAACAUAAUAAAAUUGAGUUGGAUUUACUUAAUAAUUUGUUCAAUUAAAAUCACUCAAACAAAAUAAUUAAAAUCUUAAGAUAUUUUGACUCAAUUUUUUGUUAAAAACAGGAACAUAAUUAUAAUAAGUAUAAAAUCUACUAAGGCACAUAAUCAUUUUUUGCAGUGUAGAAGUUUCAUACUUUUACAUUUUUAUUUCUCAGACAUCCACCGUUUCUAGUGUCUGUGCUCAUUUUCUCUGUGUCCCUGUGUUUGUUUGUGAAAGAUACAGAAUAAACCAACUGGUCUCUGUAACUUGAUGUUUCAAACGCAGAAAAUUUGAGGUAGGGCAUGGAACAGCAUCACUGCUGAAUGUCUCCUGUCAAGUCUAUAAAUUAAAAAACUAUUUGUAUAUCAAAAUGUUUUUAUGGUUUUCUAUUUUUCUGUUCCAUUUUCAUUUAUAUGCAUAUGGGCAUUUAAUCAUUAUCAUGUUUCUCUAAUUUUGUACAAUUCAACUAUAUAUUACGCAUAAUAAACCUAUAAAUUCUGACUAUGGGCAAGCUAGGAAAGUUAUGAUUUUACAAUAUAUCGGCAUCUAAACAGUUAAGCAGUCAUGGUGUGUUGUCCUUCAUUGUUAAAUGUAUUUUGAACUCUUGUUGACCAACAAAUAUAUCAAAUGACUUUUUUCAUGAAAGGAUGGAUUGGUUUGGGAGGCAUGUAUGAAGUACCACCGAACCUGUGAAAGACAAAAAUGUAUGCACAGUAUAUUAGUUGUGGUGUAGAUAAGGUAGCUGUAGUGACCUCCCACUUGAAAAGCUUCCAGACGAAUUUAACGUUCAUCUUGUAGAUCUCAUCAAACCAAACAAAGAUAAAGCUGUUUAAAUUAUCAUUACUGAACUGUUAGUCAAAUGACCGGAUGUAAUAAUUAACUAAAUAUACUCAUUUUUAUAUUUCUAAAGUAAUACCUGCCAUUACAUGUAAAUGUCGAACCUAAUAUAAAUUAAAUUACCAAGAAAAAAGUGAACUGAACUGCAGUCGUACAUUGUACAUGGAAACCUGUUUGUGGCAGUCUAUACAGACCAGUCCAGAGGCAAAGACAGAUUUUGUAUUCAACUUUCGAGACCUAAAAGAACUGCUAGAUCUACAUGACUUAUCCUUAUCAAGCAUUUUAAACAUUGAGCAAAACCUUUAUGAUAAUAGUCUAUCCUAUCUUGCUGUGUUUUCCUGAGGAUUGGCAGCCAAAAGAAGAGCAAUGUGUCAACAAGCAUGUCUAAUGCCUAUUAAUAUGUGCGGUAAACCUAAAAACGUACCCUUCCCAGCAUCCAAAAAGUGGACACAUGGGGAAGUGAAUAGUACGUUUGUCUAAAGUAAAUAAACUAAAAAGAGAUUAGGUUUUGCUAAGAAUAAAAUGAGGAAAAUUAACUUUGGUUCAAUCUAUUUAUUAAACUAGGACCUCAUAAAAAAUGCUGUGCUACGAUUUUUACACAAUUUUACUCAAAUAAUAAACCAGUCGCAUUCCAGGGUUCUUCACAAAGUUUCCAAAAGAGUACAUGUAUUACGAGUGAAAGACAGAGGCCUUUGACAAUUUGGGAACAAUUUUAUCUUACAUCGAAACUGGUUCAAGGAUUUCAAGAGAAUGAUUUACAUGGAAAUCGAAUGGCUGGACCUUGGCUCUCUAGAGACGCUACCCUAAAUAAAGUCUGGGAACAUCAAGCUUUACAUCGUUUUCCAAAGUUAAUAUCAUUUCACAUUGAGAUUUUCCUUUCUCUUCAAGCAUUCAGCUGGAAACUGAAGGUUUAGGUUUUCAAACACUGCUUCCCGUUUGCAUUAUGACAGUAUGAACGAC